UACUAAAAAAUCCAAAUCAAAUAUUCCCAGAACAUCAAGUGGAAAUGGUUCGAAUCCUGCCAUUUUCGUGGCUUAUUUCAUUUGUCGGAUGGCCUGUGUUACACAAUCUUGAUUGCCAUUUUUCGGGUGCAUAUCCUGUUUCAACUGAU